AUGUCCAACAAGAGCGCCACGUCGGCUGUGAAUUCUCCCGAUCCAGUCCGUGAAUCGAUGGCCACCUCGAGCGCAACCACGGAGAAAUAUCCAGCAUCGUCUACAACGACGGGAUACCAGAGCUAUCCAGAGGUAGCGCCUAUCAUGACACAACCUCCACUUCAGCCCUUCCAGCAGCCGCACAACGGCUACACUCACCCUCAACAGUAUCACGACCAGAACGGAGAUCCACCGGAAGCAGGCCGAUCAAUACCUCAGACGCCAAAACGCAAUCCCUGGGGUCUCUCACCUCUGGCUUUUGGCCUCUUGGUAGCGGCAGUCACCGCCGUGAUAGUAGGCGCGGCAGUGGGCGGAGGCGUCGCGGGCGCCAUGUCAGGCAAUGACUCAAAGGCGUCAAAAAGCAAUGCGACCGCCACAGUGACCAUCACAGCCACGUCGACCGCUACCGCCACCACGGCGAUCGACAUCUCCUCCCCCACCGACUCGGCCCUCCCGCUGCCCUCGUCGCUGGAAAAUUACGUCGUCAGCGAACCCUACUACGUCUCCACGCUCUUUAAUCCGGGAUGCCCAGACUCCAACUCGCGCAUCGACGUACAGUACGACACAUCGUUCGACCUCUUCUGCGGCGUCGACAUGCAGAACCACGUCGACGACGAAGCGAACCCGGACUUGCAGGUCGCGGACGUGAGCGGUCUGUUUGCCUACAGCAUUACGGAUUGUCUGUACGCCUGUGCCAACGCUAUAUACUUCAAUGAGCAGUGGGGUGAUGAGUUCGGAGGCUGUAAAGGUGUGACCUGGCAGUAUCAAAUGGCACAAAGCAAUUCUUCGGAUUUUGCCAACUGUUGGCUGAAGAACGGAACAUCAACGGGCUUUCAAUGCAAUACGUGUAUUUCGGCAAAGUUGGUGACCUGA